CCGGGCUCCGCAGUUUGGACGUCGCUCUGUCUUGGCUUGUCUCGGCACGCGCUCCAUCAAGGUUCUCCAGGCUGCCCUGGUUGGUGCCUCUCUUUCUUCCCUGCACCCGUCCUACUAGAUUUUGGCAUUUACUUCACCACCACCCCCCCACUCCCAUCUGGGGAAGAUCAUUUGUUGAUACUCAGCUUGCUGAUGGCUACCCUGUGGAUUCUCAGUGUCAGACGACACUGAGGACACUGAGGAUGUCCGAAGAAUGAAAUGAGCAGAUGGAACUUUGAAGGCUGAGUCAACGGGCAGAAGGGAAUCUGGAGAUCGUCAAUGGCAGGAGAAAGAGCAACCAGAAGACCGAGAUGAAUUUUAACACUAUCCUAGAAGAGAUUCUUAUUAAAAGGUCCCAGCAGAAAAAGAAGACAUCACCCUUAAACUACAAAGAGAGACUUUUUGUACUUACAAAGUCCGUGUUGAGCUACUAUGAGGGUCGAGCGGAGAAGAAAUACAGAAAGGGCGUCAUUGACAUUUCAAAAAUCAAGUGUGUGGAGAUAGUGAAGAACGAUGAUGCUAUCAUUCCCUGUCAAAAUAAAUUUCCAUUCCAGGUUGUUCAUGAUGCUAACACACUUUAUAUUUUUGCACCUAGUCCACAAAGCAGGGACCGAUGGGUGAAGAAGUUAAAAGAAGAAAUAAAGAACAACAAUAAUAUCAUGAUUAAAUACCAUCCUAAAUUCUGGGCAGAUGGGAGUUACCAGUGUUGUAGACAAACAGAAAAACUAGCACCGGGAUGUGAAAAGUACAAUCUUUUUGAGAGUAGUAUAAGAAAGACCCUGCCUCCCGCGCCAGAAAUAAAGAAGAGAAGGCCUCCUCCACCAAUUCCCCCAGAGGAAGAAAAUACUGAAGAAAUCGUUGUAGCGAUGUAUGAUUUCCAAGCGACGGAAGCACAUGACCUCAGGUUAGAGAGAGGCCAAGAGUAUAUCAUCCUGGAGAAGAAUGACCUCCAUUGGUGGAGAGCAAGAGAUAAGCAUGGGAGUGAAGGAUAUAUCCCAAGUAAUUACGUCACAGGGAAGAAAUCCAACAACUUAGAUCAAUACGAGUGGUACUGCAGAAAUACCAACAGAAGCAAAGCAGAACAGCUCCUCAGAACGGAAGAUAAAGAAGGUGGUUUUAUGGUGAGAGACUCCAGUCAACCAGGCUUGUAUACAGUCUCCCUUUACACAAAGUUUGGGGGAGAAGGCUCAUCAGGUUUCAGGCAUUAUCACAUAAAGGAAACAGCAACAUCCCCAAAGAAGUAUUACCUGGCAGAGAAGCAUGCUUUCGGGUCCAUUCCUGAGAUCAUUGAAUAUCACAAGCACAAUGCGGCAGGGCUUGUCACCAGGCUGCGGUACCCGGUCAGUACAAAGGGGAAGAACGCUCCCACUACUGCCGGCUUCAGCUAUGAUAAGUGGGAGAUUAACCCAUCAGAGCUGACCUUUAUGAGAGAGUUGGGGAGUGGACUGUUUGGAGUGGUGAGGCUUGGCAAGUGGCGGGCCCAGUACAAAGUAGCCAUCAAAGCUAUCCGGGAAGGUGCCAUGUGUGAAGAGGAUUUCAUAGAGGAAGCUAAAGUCAUGAUGAAGCUGACACACCCCAAGCUGGUACAGCUCUAUGGUGUAUGCACCCAGCAGAAGCCCAUCUACAUCGUUACUGAGUUCAUGGAAAGGGGCUGCCUUCUGAAUUUCCUCCGGCAAAGACAAGGCCAUUUCAGCAGAGACAUGCUGCUAAGCAUGUGUCAAGAUGUCUGUGAAGGGAUGGAGUACCUGGAGAGAAACAGCUUCAUCCACAGAGACCUAGUGAGUAACCAGAGUCCUCCUGGCCUCCCACUGCUGUGGCUUCCUACACCCUGGCUGGAUCCCAUUGUCCCGUUGGGUUACACAGAGAGCUUUUGUUGUAUUACUUGCCUGUUUUUGUCCUUAGCAAGAUUUCAUUAUUUUCAAACUUGGUAAAUUUCAAUCACUUGAUAAUUUCUAAGGAAAAGACCUUUAUUAAAUCUAAUAGUGUACAGACUUAUUAUCUCCAAGCAAGUUUCCGUGAAUUAAUUAUUUGAGUUCUGGGAGAUUCCCAGGAGAUAGCUCGUUGGAGCAGACUUAUUUGAUGUCAUUGUGUUAUAGAUAAGAGUGUUAGCUUUGGGGGAAGUGAAAGAGGCUUGCCUAUUGUGAGAAAUGGGGAAGUUAGGCUUAGCCUUGACCUUCAGACCAAGUCUCCAGCUCUUUCUGCUUUAAGUGCUGAACAGAAACUACCAGAGAAAUCCUGAGCUCAACUAAGAGGGAAUUCUGGGAGUUUUCAUUCCUUCUGAUAAUAAUAGGAAGAAAAAUUAAAAAACAAUCCAACCCAGUUCUAAAGGGCUGUGGUGGAGAGGUUUCUCAGUUUUCCUCCUCUUCCCUCUGAUUUUCUUUCCCUCCCCUGCCAUUCUUCACAGUUAACACCACUGUAACAAAUAAUACUGUAACCAUAACAAGCAACACUGUGACUGUAACAAGUGACACUGCAACUGUAACAAGCAACACUGUAACUGUAACAAGCAACACUGUGACUGUAACAAGUGACACUACAACUGUAACAAGUGACACUGAGACUGUAAUAAGCAACACUAUGACUGUAACAAGCAGCACUACGACUGUAACAAGUGACACUGUAACCAUAACAAGCAACACUGUAACUGUAACAAGCAACACUGUGACUGUAACAAGUGACACUGCGACUGUAAUAAGCAACACUAUGACUGUAACAAGCAGCACUAUGACUGUAACAAGCAACACUGUGACUGUAACAAGUGACACUGCAACUGUAACAAGUGACACUGCAACUGUAACAAGCAACACUGUAACAAGCAACACUGUGACUGUAACAAGCAACACUGUGACUGUAACAAGUGACACUGUGACUGUAACAAGCAGCACUAUGACUGUAACAAGCAACACUGUGACUGUAACAAGCAACACUGUGACUGUAACAAGUGACACUGCCACUGUAACAAGCAACACUAUGACUGUAACAAGCAGCACUAUGACUGUAACAAGCAACACUGUGACUGUAACAAGUGACACUGCGACUGUAAUAAGUGACACUAUGACUGUAACAAGCAGCACUAUGACUGUAACAAGCAACACUGUGACUGUUACAAGCAACACUGUAACUGUAACAAGUAACCAUCUACCUUGAUCAGUCUACCAAACCACCAGGAUUCGCAUUGUGUCCACCCUCCUUUAGCCUUAGCUGCCUUGUGAUAGAGCUUGGAUCUGUUUCCUUGGAGCAGGAGCAGCAGGGUGCUUUGUUGUAACCUCACCUGACAUAGGCCUUACUUUUGUACUGUAAGCUCCUUUGAUAAGGAAGUGAAUAUUAUUCCUAUCUGCAAAGGAAGUGAGUAGAACUGGAUAAAAUAUCAUCAGGUGCUGGGGAGAUGGAGGAGUUUGGACCCAGAACUUACCUUUAGAGUCAGGACUGUAACUCCGAUGUCAUUUCUAGAUUUAAAGCAUAGUAACAAUUGAGGAUUUGGCAAGGUGACUUGAUCUCCUCGGUGUGUUGUGGGGCUAGUCCUAGUCCAUUCUGAAAAUUGGAUCUGCAAUGUGC